AUGGUCCCCAGCCUCCUCCUCACUCUGCUGCUGCUCCUGAGCCCAGGCCCUGCGGCCCCCCACUCCGAGUCCCUGCCCGCGGCCUUCCUGGAGGACUCGGGAGGCAGUGGGGAGGCCGAGGGCUCGUCGGCCUCCUCCCCGAGCCUCCCGCCCCCGGGGACCCCAGCCCUGGGCCCCACACCGUCCGUGGGACCACAGCCCACGCUCCGGGGGGGCCCGGCCCCCCCCACUAGCCUCCUGGAGGGGCUCGUGGAUUUCUUCCGCCAGUACGCCAUGCUCAUCGCCGUGGUGGGCUCCCUGGCCUUCCUGCUCAUGUUCAUCGUCUGCGCCGCCGUCAUCACUCGCCAGAAGCACAAGGCCACGGCCUACUACCCGUCCUCCUUCCCCAAGAAGAAGUACGUGGACCAGAGUGACCGCGCCGGGGGUCCCCGAGCCUUCAGCGAGGUCCCUGAUAGAGCUCCCGACAGCCGGCCCGACGAGGGCUUCGAUUCCUCCCUGCAGCUCCAGGCUGACAUCCUGGCCGCCACCCAGAACCUCAAAUCACCUGCCAGAGCUGCCCCUGCCAGCGGGGAGGGCGCCAGGCUGGUGAGGGGCAGCGCCCAGGGCAGCCAGGAGGAGGCCCAGGAAGCCCCAGGCCCCGGGACCUCCAGGGAGAAACCAGAAGUCCCAGAGGAGAUGCACUCAGCGGAGGGAGCUGUGGCAGCCAGCGAGGGCCAUGAGGCUCCAGAAACCUCCUUCUCAGCCCAGGAAGCCCAGGGACCAGCGAGUCCCCCUGAAGGCCCAUGUGCCUGCAGUACUGUCUCCCCCAGUGGCUAAGAGGUUCUGGAGCUGCUGGCCUUGACCGUGAGGACCUUCUCCUUCCCCUCCCCCGGCUGUGCUCCCCUCCUCGAGCGAAAGACUUCCAACUCCAGCCAUUCCUGACACCCCUCCUUAGCCCUCUUCGGGGCCCCUGUCCUCCAGCUGGCAGAGCUGCCGGACUCUGCUGCACCCCAGGAAUCUCCCCCCAGAUGUCAGCAGCUUGGAAUGCCCCUGGGGGGGGUCUCAGGUCCUGCCCCCUGCCCCACCAGUGCUCAUGGGGGUUGGGGUGUCCCCAGGAGACCCCAUAGCGUCCGCCACACGGGAUGCGUGGCAGAGCAAAUGGACAGCUGGGAGCUUUGGCUUUGGGAACCCAAAGGGACCCUCCUCUGUGUCUCCCCAACCUGCAGCAUCUUCCUGUGGCUCAGAAGGUUCUGGGAGGUGGCAGCAAAGACCAUGAUUUAGGGCCUUCCUGAGGGGUUCUCACGUGGGGUUCCGAGGGCCACCCCUCCCCGCAAGGGAAACAAGAUGUAAACAUCAAAGGCGCAGAGGGGGCG